UCGGGAGGUGGCGGCCGUUCGGGGCUGCGCGGCGCCCUGCGGUGGGAGUGUCUCCGGCAGCUCUGCAGGGAGGACACCUACUGAGACCUUGAACUCUGGCGCUGGUGUCAUGGAAUCAGUCACCUUUGAGGAUGUGGCCGUGGGGCUCAUCCAGGAGUGGGCAUUGCUGGAUGAUGCGCAGAGGAACCUGUGCAGAUACGUGAUGCUGGACAACUGCAGGACCCUGGCUUCCAAGAGAACUCCAUCAUGCAAAGCCAGGCUGGCCUCCCAGUUGGGGUCAGGAGCAGAGGUAAGGGCAGCAGAGCGAGGCAUUCUCCACCCCACGGGUGUAGACUGGGAAUCUCAACUUAAACCCAAAGGAUUGACUCCUAUGCAAGAUAUUUUGGAAGAAACAUCAUCCAGAGACAUGCAAAUGGGACCAGAGCUAUACCUGAGGAUGCAGAUCAGGCCCUCGAAGGGAGAGAGGGGGACACCAUUGACCCUAGAGGACCAACCAGCUCUCCAGGAGUCGCCUUGUUCUCCUGAAUGCACAGGACUGAAGGCGGCUGUGCAUAUUCAGAGAGUGGACAUGCUGGAGCCCAUGCUGGGCCUCCCUGAUCCGUGGGUGGCCAGGGCUUCUGCCCUGCCUGCUCAGGACCCUGCCUUGCUCCAGGAGGACAGCAUGGAGGAGGAAGCCAUGGCUCCUGGGUUGCCACUCACCUGUUCACAGGAAUCAGUUACCUUUGCGGAUGUGGCCGUGGUGUUCACCCCAGAAGAAUGGGUGUUCCUGGACUCUGCUCAGAGAAGCCUGUACAGAGAUGUCAUGCUGGAGAACUACAGGAACCUGACCUCUGUGGGAGAUCAACUAUAUAAAUCCAGCACAUUGUCCCAUUUGGAACAAAGAGAAGAACUGUGGCCGACUGAGACAGAAGUCUUCCUGGGAGCCUGUCCAGAGCCUCAACUUCAACCCCAAGAGUCAAUUCCUAGCCGGGGUAUUUUUGCAGGGAUUCCAUCCAUUGGCCUGGCAAGGGAGCAACCUCAGCCUGGAGAAAAACUCUAUAAAUAUAAUGAACUUGGGAAACCCUUUAACAGCAAUGAACCGCUUUUUCAGUACCAGAGAAUUCAUGCUAGAGCAGUCCCCUGUGAAUGUCCAGGGAGCAGGAAAUCCUUCUUCCAGAGCAGUCACCUAAUGAUACCUGAGAAGAUCCAUAGUGGGGAUAAAACCUAUGCAUGUGACAAAUGUGAGAAGUCCUUCAGGUACAGCUCUGACCUCAUCAGGCACGAGAAGACUCAUACGGCAGAGAAGUGCUUUGAAUGUCAAGAAUGUAGGCAAGCCUUCAAGUAUUCCUCGAAUCUGCGGCGACACAUGAGAACUCACACUGGAGAGAAGCCCUUUGAAUGUAGUCAGUGUGGGAAAACCUUCACGAGGAACUUUAACCUGAUUUUGCACCAGAGAAACCACACAGGAGAGAAGCCCUAUGAAUGUAAAGAUUGUGGGAAGGCCUUCAACCAGCCCUCAUCUCUUAGGAGCCACAUGAGAACUCACACUGGAGAGAAGCCCUUUGAGUGCAGCCAGUGUGGGAAAGCCUUCAGGGAACACUCGUCACUGAAAACACAUCUGCGAACCCACACGCGAGAGAAACCAUAUGAAUGCAACCAGUGUGGGAAGCCUUUCCGGACAAGCACUCAUCUGAAUGUGCACAAGAGGAUCCACACAGGGGAGAAACUGUAUGAGUGCGGCACUUGCGGUCAGGUCCUGAGCCGUCUCUCAACCCUUAAGAGUCACAUGCGAACUCACACUGGAGAGAAGCCCUAUGUGUGCCAGGAGUGUGGGAGGGCCUUUAGCGAGCCCUCGUCCCUCAGGAAACACAUGAGGACCCACAGUGGCAAGAAGCCAUAUGCAUGCCAGGAAUGUGGGCGUGCCUUUGGUCAGUCUUCACACCUUAUUGUGCAUGUCAGAACCCACACCGCUGGGAGACCCUAUCAGUGCAAUCAGUGUGAGAAGGCCUUCAGGCACAGCUCGUCACUGACUGUGCACAAGCGGAUCCAUGCUGGGAGGGAGAACUUUAGGAAUGGUGGCUUGUCUUUAUCAGUGUCUCAUCCUUAUGUGGGGCCCCUUCCUAAUUAACUUACAGUUUGUGAAAAUAUAAAUGUUUGGGACUGUCCUUGUUUUUUGUAAUAUUCGUUUAGCUGCAUCCCACAUUUUGAUGUAUAAUAUUUUCAUUUUGGUUUAAUUCUAAACAUUGUC